AUGAACGAACAGCAGGAUCAAGAUCGAUCGCCGUCGCUGACCCUGCGGCGCAUCGUGUCGGGGCCUUGCAACAUCGAGGCCGGCGCAUCAGCUUGGGCAAGUGCAUGUGAGCCACACAGUGCGACCCACCCCAUCCCUCGCAUCGUAAGUCAGGUAACCAAGUUGCCGAGCCAAUCUUAUGUGUCUGCUGGGAAUGGCGCUGUACAGCCAUCCGACCAUCGAGCGCUCUUGGGCCCACGCGACCUGCGGCUUACCCCACCGGGCCCCCACCAACGCUCCAUUGCCCCACUCUCGGAUCUUCGCUCACGCAGAUCGCUGCGGUCCAGGAUCGGAUCAAUGUACUCGACCACAGAUGGCAACUCGUGGAUAGCCUCCCGUUCGAGCUCGCCUUUCCCUCCCAAACCCAUCUCGAGUCGCUGGUGCAUGCGGUGGCGUUCGAUGCUCAUUCUUGCCGCGUAAGUCCGGACAUUCGAUGAGAUCGCGGCUGAGAAAUUAUCUGGACUAUCGUGAUCACCCUCACAUCCGGGCUAGACUGAUCAUCACACCUUCAUUUUGAUCGUACUGGAAUGGCUCAGAUUGCGUCGUCUUCACAUGGCCGCGUUGCCGUGUGGCACAAGCCCACCGCUCGAUCCGCAUGGAAAGUUCAUUCAAGUUUCGUGGCGCCCUGUUCGGUGCACGCCCUCGACUUUCGUCGCAGUAAGUGGGCGCUCGACAGCUUUUCUGCAUUGUCGGAAAUUUCUUCCCACGCCACCAGUAUCGUCUCACCCUUGUUCUUUCGUCUCAUGCUGCGCAGGUCGGAUAGUAGCCGGGGGCGAUUCCUUGUCAUUGUGGGUUCUCGAUGAGGGCUCGGCACUGCCUCAGUGGGUGAACAUGGCGGGCACACCGUGAGUCAUCUCCAUCACCCGAGGGCUUUCCCGCGCGAGAUCCUCAUUCUACUAGACAUCGUAUGCGUGUGCCCCGCCAGAUCGGCCUCACGCAUCGUUAUGGCAAAGCUGUCGCCUUCGUCUGACUUGCUUGCAACGGUUGAGCAAGUGUGUGGAUGGCCGCUUAUCUUGGCCCUCGGGCGCUACAACUGACGUCGCUUAUGCCGGUUCACCCAUUUUCAGCAAAGCUGUGUUGUCAAACUCUCACGUGUGAGAAGGACGACCGAACUCAAACUCGCUUUCGUCUGCAACGCAUCCCACUCAUUGCCGCUGCGCACCCUCGACUGGCGACCAAGCGACGAUGCUUCAGAGUGAGUGAAUUGGCGUGUGACCACGCGAUAGAAAAUGGACCCUCGUUUGCGCUUAUAACGAUUGGGUUGGAUGACAACUUCGCAGAUCCGAACCGAUUCUGUUCACAGAAACGAUCGACGGCGUGUUCAGAAUCUGGGGCUGUGUGAUUGACGAGCCCGACCGGUUCUCGCUUUGGGCCUCACUCGACGUAGCCUCAGGACUGAACCAGAGGGUCCCGCUGAUGACGAAGCGAUUGCGCGGUCACACCAUGGUUCAGGACACCGAACCGGAAGCUCGCGGCCGCGAAUUUAGCACUACAGAUGAAUUUCUCGUUGUCUUCACGGACGGGUCGGCGGCCUCGAUGCUGGUUGAGGUCAGUGCUGAGCUGGCACAAUCAAGGUGGGAGCACACUGGGUUGUUGCGUGCUGACAUCUCUAGGCGCCUUCAGAAUUUCGAUGCCCGCCCUCCGGCUUGCUUAGUUCAGUCGGCGGGUGCAAUAUCCGGCGUGGCCUUCGCCGCGGAGGACCUGCCGUGCCUUCGAUACGCAAUGUUACUGAACAUCUCCGAUACUCAAUGCGUUGUCGUGGGUCGUAAUACUCGCGGGGUCGUUGUCACCUCGGGCAUGGUAAACUUCUUGGACACGCACUCGUUCAUGGAGCAUCUGAUGUCGACCAAGCCCCCCGUCAAUAUGGUAGGCUGUGUUAGCCGGCUCCUUACGACCCUCGACGGGAACGCCACUAUCGCUUGCGGGAGCGCGAAACGCGUUCAAACUUGGAAUCAUGACAGGGCAGGAAAUAUGUCCAAGUCCAUCAUAGCGGACUUUCAGAGGGUGUCCGUCGGGCACUGUGUCGCAUGGCAUGCCGGUGAGCAUCUUCUGGACAAUAGGAGAUGGUUAAAAGCGUUGCUGACGGGUGCACAUGUUCGGCAGGUGGAAAACGUUUAAGAGUGGCCGUGCUGGAUACGGAGCGACUGCGCGUCUAUGAUCUGGGGCCGGGCGUUCGAUCGCGACUUCUGGCGGAACAAGGUGUCUUGUCGGCGGCUCCGUUCAGCUCCUUCGUCGUUGCUCAGUCCGGUUGCAACGCCGAGAGAGUGUCGCUUCAUGCGCUCUCAAGAGACCUUAAUCUGAACUCUUGGAUAGUGGAGGGGUGCAACAUCUGCUCGGCAAGCCCCGUUCCUGUCGCUUCGAAAUGGCCGACCCUGCCCAGGUUUAAAUUCCUAACUUCCUCGACGAACUCCCCGGGCCCCGGAGUGCCCAUCGAGCACAAGCUCGUACUUUUCGAUGGCAAAGGUACACUUGUAGUCUUGAAGGCUUUGCUCUCAACCGCGGGGCCCGUUCAGUGGCUUGACGAAGCCCAGUAUUCGGUGUCGCAAUCACAGCCGACCGCUGCUGCAGUCAGUCCCACCGGCGUGGUGGCCUUGGUGUCACCCUCGACGCCCAGAAAUCCCGGCGAGCCUUCUUCGUUCGAGUUAUCAUUUUUGGACGAACGGUCUGUAAAUCCGUGGUCAUUUCAGCGAUUCGAAGCGCACAAGAAGUAGGUUGACGCCGUAGCCGGCGAGCAAUUGGCCAUUUCUCCAGACCAACGAACGAGCACUGACGACAGAGAUCUUCACAGCGAAACACGCGUCCAUUUGAGCUGGUCGUAUGAUGGACAGAUUCUGGCCGCAGGGAGCUCUUCCCGUGUUCGACUAUUUGGGGCUCAAAGGAUUGAUGCCAAUGGCAACCGGUCUGGAUGGGGAGAAGUAGCAUCAAUCGAAGUCGAAGUGUCAGUGCAUUCUUUUUGUUUUCUCCCGAUUCCCCCGGAUCGUCGUCACUGAAGAACGCUUGCUACCUGUGACAGAUCUCUUCGGGGCCAGAUCUCAGAGAUGUGCUGGUCCGCGCGUAAACUUGUACUGAGCUCGCGUGAUCAUUUGUGUUUCUAUGAUCUCACUCUCACCACAGGCGAAGCGCUUUUGGACAAGGUUGAAACGGGCUCGAACCCAUUGCCCCUGUCUCACCCGCAGUUGCUUCACCAAGCCCUGUUGCAAGGUAUGUGCGACCAGAUUCUCGUGGCCAGUCAUCUGGUACGUAUACGAGGAUGAGAAAGCCGGCAUUGACAUUUGGACUCUUCACUUAUUCCACAGGUCGAUUCGAAGCCGUCACAUCGAUUCUCGCAGGUCUCGCAUCCCAUCUCAAUGAGGAUGAAAGGGUGGCGGAAUCAGUGCCCGCUGCGCCAGCUGAAUUGUUGCUUCACAAGCUGUUCACGCCCGAUCGCUCACAAAGAAACGUGAGAUUUUGACUGUGCGAUACUUUCUAUGACGUGUUUGCUGAUGUCAAGCUUUCUGAUGGCCAUAGUUGUCUACGCGCAACGCUGCGCCAGGAGUUCUUUCAUCUCUCACCUUCAGAGGAGCAGCCACCAGGUGCGCCGCCGAUGUACUAUUUAUGUAUGGCCUCACUGACCAUCAAAUGCUGUUAUAUGUGAAGCAGAUCUGCCUGCGCCUCGAUGUUGACGGAGGAUGCACUUGGGAGAAUACUUACUGCAGCUCGCGCAAGGGCACUCAACGGUUUGACUGAUUCCGAGCAUGAAGCACUUGCUCUGGUAGCGCGCACGACUUAUCUUGUGGGUAAUAGGCUCUGCUUAAGCGUUUUUGCGAAAGAUGUCGUUGACGUGUCUUUUCGCUGUUGGUAUCAGGUGCAAGGCAAGCAAAGGACGUUAGACCUCAAUGGGCUACGGUACCUCGUGGCGCUUCAAAGCUUCACUCUUGAAAGGGAGACGGCACCCCGUAACUCGGAUAGCCUCCAUCGUUUGGCCAACCGCUACGUCAUCCCCGCCUUCCAUAGCGAGUGUCAGACAGUUCUGGUGGAGGAGACGGGAAGGAUCAUUGGCGGCACGAAACUCAACUGGGCGACAGCGAAGGCACUCGGGAUGUUCAUGUGGAUUCGUGAUCGCGAACUCCUGGUACGUACUCAUCGUUUACAACUUUGACUGUUUGCAGCAAAUAAGACGUUUCUUGCCCGAAUGUGCAGACCACGCAAAUGGAGGUGGUUGGUCGCACCGAAUACAUGAACCCAAAUCGAACCGAUAAGGACCCUAUCACAGCGAUGCUCUUUUUCCUGGCGAUUGGCAAGAAGAGCGCUGUCACCACGCUGUGGAGACAGGCGAGCGGCCACGCAGACCAAAAAACGGUGCUCAAGUUCCUGUCCAACGACUUCGAACUUGCUCGGUGGAAAACUGCAGCGCGGAAGAACGCGUUCGCCCUUCUCAGCAAACGGCGCUUCGGUAAGCGUUCAGCCAUGGCUGCACUAGGUAACAGAGCUGAGAUCUGUUUCACUCGAUCCUUUCAGUCUUUGCCGCAGCCUUCUUCCUCCUCGGAGACAGUCUCAAAGACGCGGUCAACGUCUGCCUCCGCCAGCUCGAUGACUUUCAAUUGGCAGUCGCCAUCUCCCGGGCCUAUGAGGGAGACUGCGGGCCGGUCUUAAAGGAAGUGAUGGAGCGUACGGUGAUUCCCCUUGCUAUGCGCCUUCACUCCAGAUGGCUUGUUAGCUGGGCUUUCUGGAUGAUGGGCGAUCGACAAAUGGCGGCGUAUGCCCUUGUUGUAAGCUUUCAGCCCUGUUCAUUACGCCUGCGUCGAAUCUGACCCAACCUGACGCGUUCUUCCUCGCACCAGCUUCCUUUUGGUGAUCUGUUCCAACGAACGUCAAUGACGUAUACCCCUCCAAAAGUCGCCUCGUACAAUGACCCCUAUCUUGCGGUGCUGUAUCAGCAGAUUCGCGAACCGCCGGUAGUGCUUGAGAGUUCCCAAGGCGUCGUUCCUGAAUCGGAUGUGAGUCCCACUCCCGUGGUCCAGUGAUAGCUUGCAAGAUCGCUGACGGUGACGAUGCAGUUUGUCCUCCGCAUGGCUCGGAAUCUUCGUCGAAUGGGUGAGCCCCGCAUGUUGAAUGGGGUUCCCCCUAGCUAAAGUUACGCUGUGGCCCACGCUGAUUAUUUCUUGUACCGGAUUGAACAGGGUGCCACUUGCUCGCCUUGGAUCUGGUUCGCAACUAUUCGUUUGCAGAGCAGUCCGCGCUUUCCACGAGUAACUCGAGGAUCGCGACCGACCCCGCCUUCGACGCUCAAUGUCUGGCCCUGAAAGGCAGCGAUCACGGCAGGUCGGGAGUCGCCAACGAUGUCCAAGCGAGAGAACUCGAUGCAGGCUCGUCCAGUACGUCAGAGGUCGUGACGCCACUGCCAGGCAAGACGCGCAAAAUUGUUGUCGCUGCACCGGAGUUCGAUAUGAGCGCCUUCUUUUAA